UUUGUUUACCAAUUUUUAGGGCCAAGAUAAUUUAACAAUAAUAACAAUAAUAAUUUAACAAGCCAUUUUUUUAAAGAGUAUUGCAUUGAUUUUUUAUUAUUAGCCUUGCACACGAGAAGGUUCGUGUUUGGCUUACAGAAGAUCAAUAAAUGAUAAGGGGUUAUCUAAAAUUUAGUACUUGUAAACAUAAAUCUGCCAUUGAACUUUAUUUUUUACCGUUUUUGUCGAACUCACAUCACUUUUUAAUACGAUUUUUAGUUUUUGUAGCGGAAAAAUAAUAGGCCUGGGUCAAAUGAGAUCGAACGUCAGUUCAAAUUCGAAUAAAAAACAACAACAUUUUUUGAGGCAAAUGGCCACGUUCCAAGUGAGUAAGCCGGUAAAUCAAGAUGGACUUCUCCUUCCUGCUUACUUUCGUCAACUGUUUGGUUGUACAUGGGACAUAUUUUACGGACUACUUGUGAUAACUUCGAUAAUUCUCGCAAAUUGGUGUGCCGUGGAUCAAAAUUAUUAUUUACUUUUGCUAACCAUGUACAUUGAUUUCUGCAUAAUUUGCGAUAUUUGUAUGAGCAUGUUUAUUCGCUUCUUCCAAACUGUACAGGUUGUAGCAGUCAAUCGAAAUAUCGAAGCCGUUUUUAUUGCCUGCAGAAAUAUAUUUGGAUUGUGGCUCGACUUUACUUCGUGUAUUCCAUAUAUUUCUCUGAUGUUGACGACAACGCGUUUGUUUUGUAUAAACGCGUAUACCACCGUUUGCCUUUUGCGAAUGGGUCGUCUAUUUACGCCAAGGAGAAUGUCACUUGAUCAGGAUAUGCAAGGAAAAGUCUUUACUGAAAUCCGCAAGAAGAUGAACCAAGAGCGCAAUAUGCAAAUGUCAUUGAGGGAAUUCGAAAAUCAAUGGAAUCUCGCCGUAAAAAGUGGUUCAAAAAAACGAAAAACUUCGUAAUAACACUUUUUAGCUAAUAUAUGUACACGGAGUUGGUGUUGAUUUGUGUUAUACAAUGUUUUUUUUGUAACAUAUCUUUUGUGUUUUGAACUAGUUUAGUGAAAUUUUUAAUUUUAUUGUCA